AUGGACAAAAUGAAAGGCCUCGCCAAGGGCGGAUGGCACCCGUCCGGCGACAAGCAGAUCCAUCGCGACACAUGGAAGAGCGAUCUGAAGGGCAUGGCAACGGGGAAGAAGAAGGAUCCAUACGAAGAGGCACGAAGCCAUCAAUCGGCGCCCCUGACGACUCUGCGCGAUCCGGCCACUUUUGCGCCGCCGCCCAAACAUUCCGCCUACUACGGCCUGGGAACGAAUGCCAUAUCGCGGACUGGCACCGCGAGCUCUGCCGGCUCAUCCAGCGUCGGUGGCCCUGCAGGCGGAUGGGGCAGUUCGGUGGUUGAGCCGGGGUAUGCGCAGAGGAAGAGGGAACAAGAAGAGUUGCAGAGACAGCAGAUGGAGGCGGAGCAGGCCCAGCAAGCAAGCAUGAGAGGACCGUACAGAGCGGAUACCACGGGUUUGAGGACGGAUCAUCUGCCCAAGCCACCGGCACGUCGACCGCGUGAGAGCGCAACUCCCGCGAGGACAGCUUCUCCUUCGCUUCCGCCUCGACAGUCGAAUGCAUCUCCUGCCGUCGUCCCUCCUCGCGCACCACCACCUCGACAGAUCGCCCCGCCGCCUUCGCUUCCCCCGCGACAGAAUGAAUACCCAGACGAACAUACUCCUCCGCCGCCGCCGAGCUACAACGAAGCGUUGCAUCAGCCUGCUGCGAGAGAUCCCGCGCUCAUCAAUCCAGCAGCUGCGCAGAGACUCGGACAAGCAGGCGUUUCCAUUGCUGGCUUUGGGAUUGGGAACAACCACACAAACACCACAUCUCAAGAAUCUCCAGCGUCGGCCAGGGGUCCACCCGCGGGGCAGUUGGGCGAGUUACAGCAACGCUUCGCGAGGAUGAAUACCGGUGCUGCGUCCGAAGCUUCCUCGCCUAUUCAUUCGCCGAGUCCCGGCGGCGCAAGUCUCGCCGGAGCAGCACAGAAGAAAGCUCCUCCUCCUCCUCCUCCACCCAAGAGGGCGGCGCUCAGCGCUGGAGGGGAAAGUUCGGAGUCUGCUCUCGCGGCUGCUCCGCCGCCUGUUCCCAUGAGUAGCAAGCCGAGACCUUCAUGA